GAAGCGGCAGCCCAUGUUAGGCAAUGUUCUCCAGGGGCGCUGCUGCAGCCGGGGGAGCGACGCUCAGCCGGACAGAUCACGAGCGCACAACGGGACGCGCCUCGCCUCGCCUCGCCGGCACAGCGACGCGCGAUCGAUCACUCGCCGUCAUGGCUCAAGCGAAGAUCCAGGCAAAAAUGAGCGACGCCGCGUGCAGCAAGUUCAGCCGGACUCUGUCCAUGGCGGACCGCUCCGGGCGACUCCUGGAAAGUUUGGAUGACCUGGAAAUGAGGGUGGAGGCUUUACGCGAAGCGGCAUCGGCCAUGGAGCAGGAAAGGGAGUGCAUCCUGGAAAUGAUCCAGUCCAUACAGAACAGUCAAGAAAUGCGUAACAUCUGUGCUGGGGAGAGAGAAGAGUUGAGCUUGACUGCGAACCGUCUAAUGGGCCGCACGCUGUCCGUGGAGAUCUCUGUUGGCACAAUGAGGAGCUCUCAGCAGGAGGAGGCGCUGCAGAAAGCCACAUCCAUAAUAGAUGAAAUAGUGAAAAAGUUACUGGGUGGCAUGGCCGGUUCCCGACAGCAGCUGAUGGCCCUGCACGCUGCCUGCGUGACCGAGGCGCCGCCCGUGCCCAUCGAUCAGAAGUUCCAGGCCAUCGUGAUCAGCUGCGCUCUGGAAGACCAGAAGAAGAUCAAGCGGCGGCUGGAGACUUUGUUGAGGAACGCAGAAAAUGCGGAAAGGAACAUCAAGAUUAUGGAUCACCAAAAGCUGGAGGAACCUGAAGCAAAUGGGAGUCAGUAAGAGCGGUCACCUUAAAAUGGGCCUUCAGGGGCCGAGCAUCUGUACGAACUGAAGGAGGGACAUGAAUCCACGUAUGGUCAAAAGUACGAUGAAGCCUUCAGUAUUCACAAUGAAGAAAUAUCAUUGUUUUCUGAGCACAGUUUAAUUCCACCUUCAAUCUUAGUGUUUCUGUUGACACGCUCAGUACACGUGUGUUUUCUUCAAUGCAGUAAAGACAGAACUGCAUAGUGUCCCCGAAGGUUUUUUCAGUUUGUUAUAAAACCCAACACUAGAUUUUUUUUGGGAAGAUAAAUGAUAAAGUGUCCUUGAAACAUCAGCACUAAAAUAGCAAAUAUAGCAAAUGAUCUGAUUAAUAAAUAAAUACUGGUUAAAAAAAAA